AUGUCAGAAUUUCUUCUUCUGGGACUUUCAGAGGAACCAGAAUUGCAGCCCUUCCUCUUUGGGCUGUUCCUGUCCGUGUACCUGCUCACCGUGCUCGGGAACGUGCUCAUCAUCCUGGCCACCAUCUCAGACUCCCACCUCCACACCCCCAUGUACUUCUUCCUCUCCAACCUGUCCUUUGCUGACAUCUGUUUUGUGUCUAGCACUGUCCCAAAGAUGCUGGUGAAUAUCCAGAAACACAGCAAAGUCAUCACGUAUGCAGGCUGCAUCACCCAGAUGUGCUUUUUCAUAUUCUUUGCAGGAUUGGACAUCUUUCUCCUGACUGUGAUGGCCUAUGACCGGUUUGUGGCCAUCUGUCACCCCCUGCACUACAUGAUCAUCAUGAACCCCAGACUCUGUGGACUGCUGGUUCUGGCAUCCUGGAUCAUGAUUGUCUCCUUAUUUUAUGGUACACUCCUAGGGGUGUAUCUUAGUUCUGCUGCAACCCACAACUCACACUCAAGUGCUGCAGCCUCGGUGAUGUACACUGUGGUCACCCCCAUGCUCAACCCCUUCAUCUACAGCCUGAGGAAUAAAGACAUAAAGGGGGCUCUGGGAAGAUUCCUCAAGAGGAAAACUACAAAAGGAUCAAUUUUUCUUCGGCUAAAGAAGUGUCCAUGA